AUGGGCCGCUCAGUGAGGCAAAAGCGCAAGAACCGGUCGUCCCGGGCGACCGUGCAGACGCACAACAAGUCCAAGAAGAAGCUCAACCCUCUGGGCAACGACAUCAUCGCGAGGAACUGGAACAAGAACGAGACCCUCACCCAAAACUACCGCCGCCUGGGCCUCGCCACGCGCCUGCAAAAGGUCGCCGGCGGCAGCGACCCGAUCCUCACGCGCGCCCCGGACGGCAGCGCCGUCGCCCACGCCGCGCGCCCGAAGCGGGACCCGCUCACCAUCGACCCGACGACGUCGGGCAGCGUCGGCGGCGCGGUGCGCGAGGUGCGCGUCGAGCGCGACGCCCGGGGCCGCAUCGUGCGCGUGCUCGACGGCCGGGCGCCGAACCCGCUCGCCGACCCGCUCAACGAGCUCGACUCGGACUCGGACUCGGACUCGGACUCGGACUCGGAGAUGGAGGAAGGUGGUGGUGGUGGUGGUGGUGGUGCAGCAGGCAGAAGGCAGCGCCGCGCGGAGGAGCACGAGUGGGGCGGGCUGAGCGACCGCGAGGAGGGCGAGGGCGAGGGCGAGGACGAGCAGGAAGACGAGAGCGGCAGGCCCGAGGUCAUACGGCAGCUGGAGAAGGAGGCCCGGAGGCCCGUGCUCCGGACGCCGCGGCACCAGAGCGGGAGGGAGGUCGAGUGGCUGCAGCGGCUGGUGGACCGGCACGGCGACGACGUGGCGGCCAUGGCGCGGGACCGCAGGCUCAACCCCAUGCAGCAGACGGCGGCCGACAUCGCCAAGAGGAUCAAGAAGUGGCGGAAGGACUAA